UGCAACAUACAUGAUCUCGUCGGAUGUGACCGCGUUCUUGUAAUUUUGGAAGGGUAACUUGUACUAAGUUUAACGUUAAUUCAUCAACAAAACUAUGGCGCUGUCAGUAAGGGGAUUUUGCAAACUCAAUUUAGCUUUUGCAAAUAACGCACUCUUAAAAAUUAAUACAUUGAACGUCGGCGUUCGGUAUAUCUUUGCUGAAAGAUCGUUAGGCAUAACUGCUUAUGAGCAUGCAAGACUUCUCUACCAUAAUCAGUUUACGACAAUAGAGGAUAAGUUUCGUUCAAAAAUGCAAGAAGUCUGUGCAAAAGAAGAUGGUGUGGUCUUCACAGAAGACUUAAAAGCAAUGUUACAUUUAAGUGAGAAGCACGAAGAUGUACAAUUAGUAGUUAAUAUGAUACAGAAGUAUAUUGCUUCCAGUUCAGAGAACAAAUUCAGUACAUAUGUUUUCGGCCCAGUGGUGAUGAGAUUGCUAUAUUAUUUGAAUGAACCAUCAGUCGCAGUAGAUACAUUUAGCAGUGCAUCAUCAAGUGAUUUCUUUAAACAAACGUCAACGCUCAAACUUUUACUGUGUCUGUUAUACAAAAAUAACAUGUAUUCUGAAAUGAAAGAAAUGUACGAUUUGAUGAUACAUUCUGAGCGAUUUAGUAAUCUUGCCAGGCCCAGUUUUAUCGUAAUGGUUGCUGCAUGUUGUAAGCAGAAUACUUCAGAGGCAUUAGAAUAUGCUUUACAUGUAUGGAAAAUAUUGAACGAGCAGAGGACAAAUUCUUACAAAUGUGCUGCAUUCAUGGCAUAUUUAGCAAUAAAACAAAAUCGUUCUGAGCUAGCAUUGGAAAUAUUGGCUACCGUAGAACGUCAACAAUACAUUGACAUCAGAUGUCUCAAAGUCUUGGCAUACUUGAAGUUGGAAAAAUAUUUACAAAUCAUUCCCAUGUUUAGAUCAAUAUUAGAAAUGGAUACUGCACCUACACGCAAACAAACUUACUUUUCUGAUGUGAUCACUGCAGUUGAAGAGAAACUUGCGUCAGACCCGGAAGCAUCUGGAGUUGAAGAUCUGUUGAAUUUAAUACGAGAACUCAAAAGACACAAUCGUAUUACAGUAAUUGAGUCUUUGGAAGAACAUCUGUUCACACCCAUAAAUCCUAUGACGAAGGGUACAAAUCUGGUUAAGCGUAACGUUAGGGAUACGUUUAAUAAUGUAGGAAUGGAAAAUUACGCAUAGUUCACUUUUGUACUAUUUGUUCAGCUCGUGUAAAUGUUACCACGAACAUGAAAUUGAGGAGCGCAUAUGUUUUAUUGACUGAUUUUACAGUCAGUUUAUUAAUUAUAUUGUUUUGAAACCGACAAAUAGACUGAGAAUUCGUGUAUUGUAUACAACUGUAUCUUGUAUUAUAUAUCAACCAUAAACUAAUUAUAGAAUCUUAUACACGAGUGAAUGUUCGUUUUUGGUAUAUACCAGAUCACCUGCGGUCAGUCUUGGUUGCCGAAAAGUGGCAAACGCGCAUGACAAGUUACUCUGUAACGGAUAUCACUUUCUUAAAUAAUUUCUCUAAAUUCAAUCAGGCACAUUUACGAUUUGGCACUCGGAUAAAUAAUUUUAUACCAAUAAUUUCUAAGAAAUGUCACUUUCUCCUGUAUUAAAAUCGAAUUUGCAUUUACUUUGUAGUAUGUUCU